AUGGCCUCAUCCUCCUCCAACAACGGCGCCCACGAGGCCCUCCAGCCCAUCCACCCGUCCAUGGCCGGCAAGCUGGACCCCGUCUUCGAGAAGCUCUACAACGACAACGUCGCCAACACGCCGCUCAAGCCCAUCGACCUCGCCUUCCUGCGGUCCAAGUACUCGGUGCUGUACAGCUACGGCACGGGCCCCGCGCCCAAGGUCGGCCGCGUCUACGACGACCGCAUCGAGACGGCCGACGGCGUCGCCCUCGACGUGCGCGUCUACGAGCCCGCCUCGCAGGGCCCCUGGCCCGUCCACCUCGACUUCCACGGCGGCGGCUGGGGCCUCGGCGACCUCGACACCGAGGCGCACAUCUGCCGCCACCUGUGCGCCAAGGCAAACGUCGUCGUCGUCGACGUCGCCUACCGCCUCGUCCCCGAGUUCCCCUUCCCCACGGGCAUCACCGACAGCUUCGCCGCCCUGCGCUACGUCCACGAGCACGGCGCCGCGCGCUUCAACAUCCGCCCGGACAGCAUCUCGCUGGGCGGCGUCUCCGCGGGCGGGUGCAUCGCCCUCGCCCUCGCCCACCUCGCGCGCGACCACCGGCCCGCGCCCAUCCCGCUGCGCCUCGUCGCCGUCGGCACCCCCGUCAUCGACGACCUCGCGCAGUACGCGUCCGCUGCCGAGUCGCCCUUCCCCUCGAUGCAGGAGAACGAGUUCGCCCCGACGCUCAACUGGGGCCGCCUCGCCUGGUUCGACAAGCUCAAGUGGUCCUCGCUGCCCGCCGACCCGGCCGAGCACAAGGCCUUUCGCGAGGAAAAGGUCGGCUGGUUCGCCAACCUGCUCAAGGCGCCGCGCUUCGACGGGCUCGCCCGCACCGUCAUCUACACGGCCGGCGCGGACCCCCUGCGCGACGAGGGCGAGCGCUACGCCCAGCUGCUCGUCGCCGCCGGCGUCGAGGUCACCGUCCGCCGCUUCCCCGGCGUGCCGCACCCGUUCAUGCACAUGGACAAGGACCUGUGGCAGGCGAGCGAGUUUAUCGACAAGACGGCCCGCGAGAUCCGGCUGGCGCAUUGGGAGUAG